AUGGAGCCGACCACCAUCAUCCAGCGGCUUUUGGGAGGCAAGCUCGCGAUGGACCUACAAGAGUUUGAAUUGCCCAAACAGCGAUCGGUCAGCAUCGGAAGCAACAUGGGGCACAUCGAAAAGCAUGUAUACUACUGGGAGCCCAAAUCGCUGAGGAUCAGGACCAUCAACUGGUCCUAUGUGUUUUUGGCAGAGUACUUGCCCUACGCCUAUGGCGUGGCAAUCGCAACGGUUGGAAGCCUCAUGAUCUCCCAGCUGUACAUGUGGCGUGUGGAAGAUUUCCGCCGAGCUUGGUACUUGGUACAGGAGCCUCUUGUGAUGCAGGUCAUUGGCGCGUGUGCACUGAUCAUUGCCUAUUUGAAUCAGCACAAGCCGUCGGUGUACUGCUUGGACAACUUGGUUUACAAGCCACCCGCGGAUUGGAAGGUGUCCAGGGAGGAAGUCCUGAAAAUGCUGCAAGCCCAGAAUUGCUUCAGUGAGAACUCUUUGGAAUUCCAGCGGCGGAUUUUGGAGAAUUCGGGCACCGGGGAAUCAACGCAUUGGCCACCAGGCAUCCUGGGCUCCAGAGAUGGCAAGACAGAGGCGAAUUGCAACAUGGCAGCGGCGCGGAGUGAAGCCAAAGAGGUGAUGUUCUCCUUGGUGAGAGAUUUGCUGAAGCGUUCCAAGGUGAAGCCAAAGCAAAUUGAUUUUCUGAUUAUCAAUUGCUCUUUGUUUUGUCCUACCCCAUCACUUUGCGCACUCGUAUGCAAUGAGUUCGGGUUGCGCCAGGAUGUCCGAUCCUACAAUCUUGGUGGAAUGGGUUGCUCCGCAAAUGUUAUAUCUGUAGAUUUGGCUAAGCAGCUGUUGGAAAAUCGCCCUGGUUCGAGGGCUUUGGUCAUUUCUAUGGAGAACAUCACCCAGAAUUUAUACAAAGGCAAUGACAAAUCCAUGCUGUUGCAGAAUACCUUGUUUCGGUGUGGUGGAUGCGCGCUGCUUCUCUCGAGCCGAAUUUUGGAUUCCAUGAGAGCUAAGUACAAGCUCCUCUACACGUUUCGCUCACAAUUAUCAGAUGACAACUCUUACAAUUGUGUGUACCAAAAGCAAGAUGAGAAUGGAAAUAGUGGCGUGGCCUUGUCCAAGGACAUCGUGAAGGUUGCCGGCCGUGCCAUGCGACAGAACUUUGUUCAGCUUGGUCCUCAUGUGUUGCCUGUCCGGGAACAAGCAAAAGUUCUUUGCAAUCACUUCCUCGUAAGAGUCUUGUCCAUUGCCAAAGAGAGGGGUUGGCCCUUGGCGAGUCGCUUUGCCACACCUGAAGGCUACACACCAAACUUCAGCAAAGGUAUUGAUCACUUUUGCAUUCACGCAGGUGGACGUGCUGUGAUUGAAGGUGUGCAAAAGAAUUUGAAAUUGAGUGAUAGACAGAUCAGACCGUCUGUACAGACCCUCCACGAUUGGGGCAAUACUUCCUCGUCUUCGAUUUGGUAUGAGACUGAUUGGAUCGAAAGGUUCGGUGACCUUCAUCCGGGAGAACGAGUUCUUCAAAUUUCAUUUGGAAGUGGCUUCAAAUGUAAUUCCGCAGUUUGGGUGGCCUUGAGGGUUGAUCGCUCCAAACAAGGACCGGGUUUCGCGUUCUGCAAGUAG